CGCAGACUCUUGGGCAGCCUAAAAAGCCUGCAGCAGUGGACAGCCGAGGCUAAGGCAGCCGUUCUACGCAGCAGUCAGUACAGUCGACAAAGAUGCACAGGUUUAGACACGGCAUGUUUCCCUGGGUGCACGAGCAUUGAAUCAUGGGGACCCUGCGCCGCGUACAACGUACCUCAGAACCAGACCUUUAAUAGCACUUGCUACACAUGUAUCCCGGAACAACAACAACAACAACAACAUGCAAACUCCUCUGAGCCGACCUCGCCAUGUCUCCCUGACAGGGCACAUGUGGGGGUUAGAGGUUUCACGUCUGGGAUUUUGUCAAAACUCCGACCACCUGAGAAUAACCUGAUCACUGAACUUUCCCUCCGAGAAUGCGGCAUCACAUAUUUAGAACAGGACACUUUCUCUGCCUUUCUGGAACUGAGUCACUUGUACCUCGACCAUAACAACCUGACUCACGUGAAGUGGAACUGGUUUAGUGGCUUAAUGUUCCCCAAAUCGUUAAGAACCCUGUCCCUCGCACACAACCACAUCAAUAACAUCGAUCCAAAAUGCUUCCAAAACAUCACGAUAUUGGAAGGAUUGCUACUUAACAGUAACUAUUUGCAAAAUAUCCGGCCGUUUUGGUUCCAUGGAUUAAGAAAUCUAGUCCGUCUAUCAUUGAAAUCGAACUCCAUCAAAAGCAUCCAUCCACAGGCGUUUGAGUCCCUGUCUCGGCUACGUGAGUUAGACUUGAGCAGGAAUGCUUUCACAUGUCUGUCAAGUGAUUCUAUGAAGGCGCUACAAAUGCUGCGACUUCUUGAAGUGAGCGGGAACAGGCUGCCUCCUCUCGACGAUCCUGUAUCUCCGGUCACGAAAUGGCGUCUCCACUACCGACUCGCAAGCUCCAAGAAAGGGCCUGAUGUUUCAGUGAGGGUUAACGAAGAGCUUUUCUGUAUCACAGAAAGUUACCUGAACAAAAAUCUCGUCCACAUACAUAUGAACACCCUCGACAAGCUGCCGCCAGCUGAGAUAGAUGUAUUAAGCCCGUACAAUUCAUGCUCCAGGCGCCGACGCGACAUCGCCGGGGCUGCUGUAGGCAUGUACAAAGUGCCAUUUGUGAUGAUAUCAGUAAACAGUGACGCAGACAAGCCGCCUAACGCCACACAAUGGUGCAGACAUGCCUGGGGAGACGCCGGCAGCGUUAGGGUAGCGGUGGGGCUAGGGGUGACUCUGAGGAUCGUUCCCCUGGCUGCAGGCGGGUCUGACGAACCUCAGGUUGUCGCUGUGGUCUUGUCUGCUGAUAUGGAGGGUGUGGACAGGAUAUAUAUGAACGUGUCGUGUUUUCUCAAAGCUAGGGGCGAGAUGUACCUACAUGUCUUCCCCGUGAUCGCGUCAGACACUUCUAGCGGCGUCAUGUGUGAAGAGAAGAGGACGGAGACAGAGAUAACAGAAGAGCCCCAGACCCGCCCAAAUAAGACACAGACAACAGAAGAGCCCCAGACCCCCCCAAACACCAAGGUCAGCCUGGAUCAGACCAGCCCCUACACAACUCCAGCAGUGACAUCAACUGUAGAGCGCGAGAAGGAGCGCCCCCUGCCGGACGGUGUGGGGAUCUUCACCGGACUAACUGUCGUAGGCGGUGUCCAGCUGGCUGGAGUUGUCCUGAUAGCAUUGCUCAUAGGGGCGUGCAUUAUGAGAAAGCGGUAUGGUUCACGGGACCACCAAGCCGCACAGGCACCACCAGGGCCUCCGCUGGCUGUCGUCCCUACGAGCCGCUGGAUAAUCAGUGGAGCAAACAGCCGAACUGUGGGCGUCAGUCAGUGCACGCCUUGCCCAGGAACAGGCGCGGGCACGGCCGGGCAGGACUCUCAGUCAUCUACCAGUGACGAGCUCGAGUACAGCCGCAUCCCUGACGAGCAUUUCACCUACUACAACACACGUCCAUGGGUACAGCAUCCGUACUGGGAAAUCCCAGAUCACAACGACUCCAACUUGAACGCAAGGCCGGAGGCACAGCAUUCUUACUGGAAAAUCACAGAUGAUGGCGACUACUACAACGCACAACCUCUGGGGGUACAACAUCCGUACUGUGAAAUCUCUGACAGUUACUUCGACUACGAGAACACACGGCCCCACUCCCUCCCCCCACAUACAGUCCACACGAUGAUGAUGAUGAUGUGCGUUUCUACGCCGCCGAAGCUGAGGUGGUCCUUCCUUCAGCAGCCAGACAGGGCGGCAGGCAUCCAGCCUACGGCACAGCCGCUCCAACGGCAGAAACCCAGAAUAGGUACCGAACAGCACGUCAGAGGAAGACACGCGUGAGACAGUACGGAACUCUCCCCCGAACCAGGUCAGACCUACAGAUACCUGUGCGUCAGAAGCUGACAAACGUUAGGCAGUACGGAGUGUCCGCAAUGAGCAGAUACAGAGCCAGAGAUCUAGCUUUGGCCGGUAAAUAUGGCAGACCACAGGGCAGAGACCAGGGGAGAGCCUUGUACCAUAACCCGGCUGUCCGCUCUUCUAUGGCGGCCACACAGCGCGCUAACGUUAACGUGAGUUACCAGGCCGCGCACACACUAGGACACAACAAAACACGUACAAAUAUAUCGUACCAACAAACCCUGCAUGUGCCUAUCAACGAAACUAAAGAUGAUGUCUUGACACACGAACAGGGUAGGAAAGGCCGGGCUCACAGGACUAAAACCCUCAGCACUGAUAUGUCAAAAUCAAGGAUAAAGCAGUCAACGGACAAGGCAAGCUAUCGCCGCCAAAGCAUUUAGGAAGUUUUAUUUUACAGCUCCACACUCACCCAAUAUGCCAUGGCAGAGUAUUGAAAUGCAGCUUCACAAUUGCCCUAAAUCCAAGCGUUGUGUCCAUGAUAGAUUCAUGUAACUAUUCCCCGUCCAAACAACGUUCAAGAGGCUCAAAAUUCAGUUUGGAACUUUAAUGAUCAUGGUUGUUGUUGUCGUUGUUGAGAAUUGAAAACAAUUGCUGUUGAAAUUUGGAGGUCGCGGAUGCAUAAGCUUCUUGCUUUUCGUCUUGAUGACAAAAUCAAAGAUUCUUUGGAAUAUUAUUUUUCAUGCACCCAGGAACUUUGCCGUAUAGCUUGUGCAGUAAUUUUAUUUUGAGACACUGUAUUAAAACUAUCAACAGCAUAUAGAAAUUCAUGUAUAUUGUGCGUAUCAGUAGUUGUGUAAAGCAGCGACCUUACUGUUAAAGAAACUUUACAACUUUGAACAAUGUUGAUCAGAGUAAAAUAGUUUUAGGACUGUAAAGACUGACCUGACUCACAAAAUGAUACUAUUAUGCAAGACAGCUAGCCUUACAUUAAAUGAAACACGUGUAUGUAUAUAAUCAACAAUGUUGCAACAAGACGAUAGUAAGUCGAGUGUAAAAACGAUGUUUUUCGGGAUGCCUUGUUUGUUGCUAGUUAGAAUGGGAAGGAAAUCUAAUUUUCAGGCACUUUUCACAAGAAAGACAUGUACUACUAAAGGAUUUGUGCAUGAAAUACAAUUGAAUUCUCAGCAUUGCA